AUGGGACCAGGAAAUAAAACAAGCAUCUCAGAAUUCUUCUUCACAUUUCCCAUAAAACAAGAGCAGCAGCUGUUUAUCUUUGGGCUAUUCUUAGGCAUGUAUAUGGUCGCUGUGGUUGGGAACUUUCUCAUUAUGUUGGCCACUGGAGCCAAUUCUCACCUCCACACCCCCAUGUACUUCUUCGUCUCCAACCUAUCUUUUGUGGAUCUCUGUCUAGUAUCCACCACAGUUCCCAACUUGCUUGUGAAUAUCCUGACCAACAGUGAAGCCAUCCCCUAUGCUGGCUGCCUCACCCAGAUGUAUUUCUUCUCAGUCUUUGCUUGCAUGGACAAUUUCCUCCUUGCUCUGAUGGCCUAUGAUCGCUUUAUGGCCAUUUGUCACCCCCUGCGCUAUGCAACCAUCAUGAGCCCGCAGCUCUGUGGUCUGCUAGUUCUAUUGUCUUGGACUAUCAGUCUUCUAGACUGCCUCAUUCAGAGUCUGAUGGCAAUGCAGCUCUCCUUCUGUAAAGACCCUGAUCUCCCAUUCUUCUUCUGUGAUCUUCCUCAAGUUCUGAAGCUAUCUUGUACUGAGGCCCUUAUCAAUAACAUUUUGGUUUAUUUUACAACUGGCCUGCUGGGUGUUCUCCCCUUCACAGGGAUCCUUUUCUCUUAUACUAAGAUUUGUUCUUCCAUAUUGAGAGUCCCAUCACCUGGAGGAAAGUAUAAAGCCUUUUCCACCUGUGGAUCUCACCUGUGUGUUGUCGCAUUAUUUUAUGGCACAGUUUUUGGGGUGUACCUGAGCUCCUCAGCUACCCACUCCUCCUGGAAGAACACAGUUGCCUCAGUGAUGUAUGCUGUGAUCACUCCCAUGUUGAACCCCUUCAUCUAUAGUCUGAGGAACAAAGACAUAAAGGGUGCCUUGAAGAGACUCAUGAGCAGACCAACCUUCUCCCAGUGA